CCGGCUGAAAGAAGGGGCGCCGAGAGGAAUGAGGGCCAGUGGGCUAGUAGUAUCCGCGAUAACGUCGUCUCAGUAGAUCGUCGGCCGUCGCGCGGCUCCUCUCGCCUCUUCACGAGGAAGCCAGAAGCUCGUGAACCGGAAGUACGGCUGGGGUAGCCGCGAGUCACGUGUUUCGCGCGCGACACGUCUCGCGUGGACUUGGUGUAGUUGUAAGUCUGUUCUGUUGAGUGUUGUUGCAGUGUUGUUUUUGCUUUGAAAUUCGAUGUGUUUGUGCGUGCUGAGUAUGUGAGUUGUGGUGUUGUCGUGUGGUUCAUUUGUGUGUGAUGAGAAUUCGAAUAUAACGAAGAUUGAAAUUAAAGAAGGAAGGUUUUUUUUUCUGGAAAAGUUGUAAGUGGUGAGAUGCCAGGAGGAAUUGUGUCCAUCGGCGUGGUUGCCUUUUAAUUAAUCGAAGAUCGGAGAAGAAGGAUCACUCCAAUGCAUGAUCCAAUGGACUAACCCACCCGAAACCGAUCCCCAAGACGUCGACGCGGCCGUAUUCACGCAGAUGCCCUCGAUUUCACCAGAGAGGACCGAAUAAAGACAAGCUAUAGCCAGAUCAGCUGUCUUGUUGAGCGAUGAUCGACUCGUCGACGACGACGAUCGAUCGCGCGGAUCCUCACGAGGCCGUGGUCGACAGCUGUUACCAGGAUCUUUUGCUGUUGGCGAACGACAGCAGCGCGCUUUGCAACGGAUCAGGAGGAUUGGACGUACUGAACGACACCGUCGAUCUAGAGAUUGACCCGGUGAACGGGACACGGUUGGACGUUGACGGAUUGAACAAUUGGUGGGCGAUGCUCGCCUUGGUCCUGGUGUUGGGCACAGCAGCCGGCAAUAUUUUGGUGUGCUUGGCCAUUGCCAGGGAGAGGAGAUUGCAGAACGUCACCAAUUAUUUCCUGAUGAGCUUGGCGAUCACGGAUCUGCUCGUAGCCGUGCUUGUAAUGCCUCUUGGAAUACUCACUUUGGUCAGAGGAUAUUUCCCUCUGCCGUCAGUUUACUGCCUCGCUUGGAUCUGCCUGGAUGUAUUAUUAUGCACAGCGAGCAUCAUGCACUUGUGCACCAUAAGCGUGGACCGAUACCUCAGUCUACGGUAUCCCAUGAAAUUCGGUCGGAAUAAGACGAGGCGGCGGGUCAUGUUGAAAAUCAGCUUCGUCUGGGUUCUCAGCAUCGCGAUGAGUUUGCCACUCAGUCUGAUGUACUCGAAGGAGGACGACUCGGUGCUGGUGGACGGUGCCUGUCAAAUACCGGAUCCCCUGUACAAGUUGAUCGGCAGCAUAAUCUGCUUUUACAUACCGUUGGGCGUGAUGCUGCUUACGUACGCGUUGACAGUGAGAUUGCUGGCGAAACAGCAACAGAAUAUAGGAGGAACUACUGGUUGGUCCUCCGGAUGGCUGGGUGGCCCGCAGGGCCCAUCUUCGGGAGGGCUGGACAGGAAAGGCACGUGGAAGCGAUUUCUGUUGAGCAAAAGCCCGGCCGGAAGCGGCGGUACACCGCAGCACACUUCCGGCACGUCGACAGACACCGAGCUGACGACACUGGACACUCACGAACUCUGGCUUCCGGAAAGCGAGCCGCCACCCUCGGCCAUGUUCGCCCUUCACGCUUUCGGCGCAGAGAUGCUCAAGUUGUCGAGGGGCCUGGAGGGUAUCACCAGCCCUGGAAGCCCUAUGGGCACACCGAGGUCCACGCCUCAACACUCGAUCCAGCAACAUCAGCAUCAGCAACAGUCGCACAGGUGUAGCUUCCGUCACGGGAGCGGGGAGAGCGGCGGGAGCAGCGCUUCCGGUUCCAGGACGAGCCUCUCGAUCCAAGAAGAUCUCAGCUCGCCAACGCCGUGGAAGCAUCCACGUCGACGCGCGUCCACGUUCAACGAGGCUCACCUUGAGCGGACCGAGUCGGGAUCGCCGAAGACGCCGAGGAAGCGAUCGUUCAGCUUCCACGAGCAGCCCGUGUUCGGGCGUGGCUCCUCCGUUUCGAGGAAGAGCUCCUCGAACGAGGAAACGCCGCAGAGCCGGAAGUCGAGCGACAAACAGGAGGGGGAGAUCGCCCUCCCGCCGCCGUGCACGUGCCCAUACUUCGGCGAGUCGUCGUCGAGGAGACCCCCGCCCCAACCGUCGACCGAGAUCGUGAUCGUAUCCAGCGACACGAUGAGGCCGAUCUCGGGCAAGAACCUCGAGGCGGCUUUCCUGGGAAGGAGCAACAGCGGCAGGAUGGAGGGCAGCAGAAGCUACGAGCUGAAUUCCGUUGUCACGUGGAGAGGGUGCAGGAGAGGGUCUAGUUUGGGAGACUCCAAAGGAACAUCUCACAGAAGACAAGUUUGAAACUUUAUACACAUCAAUGUUAAUAACUAUCUCCCUCAUCAUUUUCCUCAACCGACCAACUUUACCAUAAUUUGGCCUCAAUUAAUUUGGUCAAUUUAAUCCAAAUCCAAGAAGAAGAAAUUCAUGGACAGAGUGGUGUUUUAAUCAAGCACCAGAAUCUUGCAAUCCGAAACCGAUCGCAUAAACAAGAAACGAACAUUGGCAAAAGAGAGACAAAAGAGGCCUGCGACUUCAAAGGCGGCUCAUUGUUAGCUGUUGGAGUAACCGACAAACCAGAGAAAAAGAGGGAAAAAAAGGAAGGGGGAAAAACAACAACAACAACAACAACAACAGAAAGGAAAAAGAAGACAAUAAAGAAGCGGUUCUUUUAUAACUGGCAGCCGUUUCCUAGUUGCUUUUGUAAGCUGGCACGGCCGAUGCACGGAUCUAUUUUUUCAAAGGAGGCGCACACCCUCAAGAAAAAUAUGUUCCUUCCCCGAAUGACGUCGAUUCAUCAACAACACCCACCACCUCGAAAAUAUCUGACGUCCCCUGAUUUUUCACGCUAACCAGCCUCUGCCUACGUCGAGAGAGGAAUUGCGGACACGGAACAAGCGAUUCGAACGAAUGGCUUCGUGGAGAACAGGGACAGAUUGACUUUAUGAUGGAGUUGAAAGACCAAGAUGGUUAUGGAUGGAAUGAAAUUCGUGAUUUUUUUUCAGAGUGGAGAAAAUUAUAAUAUGGAUGUAAGUGGAAAAAUUAGAAGAGAAUUACAAACUUACAACUACAGAGAAUACAAACUGGUUAAACUAAUAAAGAAUAAUGUGAAACGAGGCAGUGAUAUAUACCAAUAAUAUGUGCCCACGUGUGUACCAAUAUUGAUGGAAAGAGGAGACAGAAAAAUGAAGAAGUAAAAAAGAACGAAAGCAAGAAAAUUAUUGUAAA